AUGAAGUUCGCGCCCUCUCUCCUGUCCCUCACUUCUCUCGCCAUCAUCGUCCUCGCACACGGUGACCACGAUCAUGACUCGCAGAUGCCCCUAGACUACGUCAGGUUCCCUUACCAAGCCGUAUACCCUGGCGAUGAUGAGGGCAAGUCCUUUUUACUGCAGACUCCGUCUUCUCCGGCAUCACCACUUUUGCCAAGCUGCCUUGGGUCCAAUGCCUCGGCAAGGAUAGAGACGUGGCCUUCGACGUGGCUUUUAUCGGGGCGCCUUUCGUACGACACCGGGACAUCUUAUCGCCCGGGGGCUCGUUUCGGGCCUGCGGGCAUUCGAGCCGGCUCCCGCCGCCUCACGUUGUAUGGAGGCUACAACGUCCCCCUUGAGGUCAACCCCUUUUUAUCAGGUCUGAAAAUUGUCGACUGUGGCGACAUCCCGGUUACUCCAUACGACAACAAGUAUGCCAUCCAACAGAUCGAGAAUGGCCACAAGGAGCUAUUGCACCGACGGACGUUCUCGCCCUUGGGCAACGACUCUCUUACCGGCCUCCCCCUCGAGCCUCUUUCCAUUGACGGCAAGUCGCAUCCCCGUGUCAUCACACUUGGCGGCGACCAUACAAUCGUCCUUCCCCUCUUGCGUUCCAUCUACAGCGCAUACGGAGCGAUCUCAGUCAUUCAUUUCGACAGUCAUCUUGACACUUGGAAGCCCCAGGUCUUCGGCGGUGCGCCUUCCGACCAAGCGGCUAUCAACCAUGGCACAUACUUCUACUGGGCGAGCCAGGAAGGUCUUAUCAAGAACGGGUCAUCCAUUGCAAGUAUCCGUACCGAUGGAAUCAUCAGAAAGAUCCGCGACACUGUAGGAGAUAUGCCGGUCUACCUCUCUAUCGAUAUUGACUCCAUCGAUCCGGCAUUUGCGCCUGCGACGGGCACCCCGGAGACAGGUGGAUGGUCGACGCGCGAGCUGCGCACGAUCCUCAGAGGACUGGACGGUCUGCACAUCGUAUCUGCUGAUAUCGUUGAAGUCGCCCCAGCAUAUGACACCAACGCCGAGCUGACCACCAUGGCUGCCGCUGAUGUUCUAUACGAAGUUCUGAGCGUCAUGGCGAAGACUCCGCUAGAGCUUCUGACCGAUGACUGCGAAUUCCUCGUCAUCUCUGAGCUAGAGUUCAUACGGCCCCUCUAUGUCCGUACCGAAGCCAUCAGCGCUACCCGUACAUUGUCUGCGCCUUACGCCGUUGUAAUCAUCUACCAAUUGACCUAUGACCAAUCUUAG